CCUCCUCCUCCUCAGGGCAUCUCGGUGCUCAUCGUCUGCUUCCACGUCCUGGAGCUGCUGCUGGACGACGCCGCGAUGCCGCGGGGCAUGCAGGACACAGCCCUGGGCCAGGUCUCCUUCUCCAUCCUCGGUUCCUUCGGAGCUGCGCUGCAGGUUGUCCUCAUCUUCUACCUGAUGCUCUCCUCUGUCGUGGGCUUCUAUAGUUCCCCACUAUUCACACGGCUGCUCCCCGAGAGGCAGGACACCCCCCUGACCAAGAUCAUCGGGAACUGCGUCUCGCUGCUGGUGCUCAGCUCCGCGCUGCCCGUCUUCUCCAGGACGCUGGGGAUCACUCGCUUCGAUCUCCUGGGGGAUUUCGGCCGCUUUAAUUGGCUGGGGAACUUCUACAUCGUGUUCCUUUACAACAUGGGCUUCGCGGCGCUCACCACCCUCUGCCUGGUGAAGCGGGUGACGUGGGCUGUGCAGGAGGAGCUCAUCCGCGCCUUCGGUGAGNGGGGGGUGUAUGGGGGUGGGGUUACGGGAUGA